UAAUUUACACUUGAAUAACGAGACAGGUGUUAAAUUUAAGAGAAACACUACAAAAAAAUACAAUGAUUUAAAAAAAAAAUGAUUUAAAAUCUCGCAAGACAACGUCCGGUGCCUUAAGUCCCGCCCAACUUGAGUCGGCUGACUGAGCCGCGACGAUUGCGCAAGUUCACACAAAACGAAAGCACAAUUCCUCAAGAAUGAACUCUCACCCUGUUGACCCAUAUAUCUUCACUUCUGACACGCUGCCUUCCGACCUCCGCUUCAUGCCACCACUCGCCAAUGGGCUGCUGGGUUGGAGAGUGUUUGACAGAAUUAUGCAUAUGGGCGGGGUUUAUAAUGGCGAGGGCGGGGCCUGUCACCGUGCUGACAUUCCAUGUCCACUGGCUGUACAAAUGAAGCCAGACGAAGUAGGAAGUCAUAUGUACAAGUUAGACAUGCGUAAAGGUAUAUUCUCUCACACUGUGGUCACUCUUCACGCUAAAGCUUCUCAGGUUUUGUACACUCACCGGCACCAUUCAAACCUUCUGGUCAUGGAGGUUCACCUUCAACGUUUGGAGCCCAGUGCACAACCAAUCACAGUUCACUUGGACAGUUCUUUUAACCCUCAGAGUGAUGACAUCACUUUCCGAAAAGCACCUGACUAUAAGGAAGGGAGGCAUAUUUUUGGACAGACCAACUCUUCAGAAGUUCCCGAAGGAAUCCGCCCAUUUGUUCACAUGAUCUGGACGCCUGUCUCAACUUCUGUAACACUCCCAUCCGACCAGAGCCAAUCCAGCUGGGUUUUUCUGGUCGCUGUUGCUGAGACCAGCGAGAGCGCCCAAUCAAAUUACGAUACUGGUUUGGAGCUUAUUGCUACUGGUGACUUAUGCCCCUCCCACCUGAGAAGUUGGACAGAGCUGUGGUUGGGGAGCACCAUAGAGGUUGUGGGCCCUGAAACCUUGAACCGUGCUUUGAUUGGCUGCAUGUUUUAUCUUCUUAGUGCAUUCCCAUCUUUAGACGAAUCAGCCGAGCCGUUUGGGGGAGUCAGUCCUGGGGGUUUGUCAAAUGGGGGCAAAGGUGAAGAUUACCUUGGACACGUGUUUUGGGACCAGGACACAUGGAUGUUUCCUGGCAUUUCUCUCUUUUAUCCCAAACUGGCCAAGGCUGUUCUGCAAUACCGUAUACGAACAAUAGAGGGCGCGCAUGCAAAUGCCCAACAGAUGGGCUAUAAGGGGUUGAAGUUUGCAUGGGAAAGUGCGGUAACGGGUUGUGACGUUUGUCCAGAUGACCUCAUCGUCCAGCAAGAAAUCCACAUCAAUGGAGACGUGAUUAUGGCUUUCAAACAAUACUUUUAUCUCACACAGGACCUGGAGAUGUUCAAGGUGGGACGGGGAAGCGAGGUGGUAUGGGGGGUUGCCGACUACUGGGUUUCAAGGGUAACCUGGGACCCCGUCAAUGACGAGUACCAUAUUAAAGGGGUUAUACCUCCGGAUGAGUACUACACCAAUGUUGACAACUCGGUGUUUACAAAUGCUGUCGCCCAGUGCAGUCUCCAGUUUGCUUUGGAGUUGGCCAGUCAUUUAUCACACACCCCUCCUCCUGAAUGGCACGACAUUGCUGACAAGAUCAAAAUACCCUUUGACCCGGAACUGAAGUAUCACCCAGAGUUUGAUGGCUACACAAACGGAACUGAUGUCAAGCAGGCAGACACAGUGUUGCUCGGAUACCCUUUGGGCAUGUCCACGACCCCAGAGGUCAGACAGAAUGAUCUAGAAAUAUACGAGACUGUCACAGAUCCGCUUGGACCAGCCAUGACCUGGGGCAUGUUUGCAGUUGGUUGGCUUGAACUAGGUGACGCUGAAAAAGCCCAAGAGCUUCUGCAAAAAUGUUUCAAAAAUAUCCAGAAACCAUUUCAGGUAUGGAGUGAGUCAGCUGAUGGCUCUGGUUGUGUUAACUUUCUCACCGGUAUGGGCGGCUUUCUUCAAGCAGUGCUCUUCGGCUAUACUGGUUUCAGAGUGCAGAAAGAGUGCCUUGCAUUCGCUCCGUUGCUACCACAGGAAGUUGAUUCACUCAGUGUAAAAGGUGUGUGUUACCUUGGCAACAAGAUGGAUUGGUUGGUUAAGAGUACAGAAGUGAGUGUGACAGUGAGGAAGCCUGCGGAAGGUUCUGGGAAUAAGGAACCAGAUGCUCUUACAGUUGUCCUGAAUACAGGAACCACAAUACCCCUGAAGCCAGGACAGUCAGUGACGUUUUCACGGGAACCUGGGCAGAUCCGAAAACAGAUUUCCGGAUCCUACUGCUGGCCUCUCUGAUGAUCCGCAAACCGUAGAAGACUCUUCCUCUGUGUGCUUCGUUUGCCUAAUUGAUUUUUAUCCAAAGUUAAAAAAAUUAUAAUAAUUUCCUUUUUUUACAUUUUUUUCUAUUAAUACUUGAAUGAAACUUUUUGUUUUUUUAUAUCUUUUUACAUUUUUGUAACGAUUGAAAUGAAGUUAUACACAACAAUGUUUGGAUUGUAUAAAUUGCAAAUACGUUAUUAUAAUAAAUAACAAUGUUUGUAAUGUAUAAAUGGCAAAUACAUUAUUAUUAUAAAUAACAAUGUUUGGACGGUAUAAAUGACAAAUACAUUAUUAUAAUAAAUAACA